AUUAAACGAAAAUGACGAAACACCCCCAUUUUUCACAUUCAUCCAUUUACUCAUAUUUCCCUCUAUCUCCUCCAUUUCGUGUCGCUUUUUGGCGGUUUUGAGGCUCUUCGGUUUCGAACAUUCGCACAAAUUUCUCUGGCGUCUCUCUCUCUCUCUCUCUCUCUCUCUCUCUCUCACUCACUCAGAUCGGCAAGCUUUCAGCUCAUUAGGGCUUCCGUACUCAUUAAUGAGGAUCUAUGUUGGAUGCAUAAUAUGAAAUGGAUCAUGAAGCACGCUCGCGUAACAAGUUCGUCAACAUGAAAUCCCAGAGGGUGAAAGUAGAAGGUUCUUUUGCUCCUGCAUUAGAAGAUGAAACUGAAACCAUUGAGCAUUUACUAGCAGAACCUAAAAGUGAAUAUGUUACGGUAGAUGGUGUCUUAUGCUGUGGCAAGGAGAAUGCAGGAAAGUGCGUGGACAUUGAAGAUUUUUCCUGUGGAUAUGACUUUGGGCUUAAUACAUACAGUGGUGGAUUGCAUUCUGCUCAUCCUCGGGGAAGAUACGAUGAAUUAGAAUUUGGAGUUCUUGACGGAUUGUUGGACGAAGUUGAUGAAGUGGAGGAUAUUCAUGCGAUAAAUGGUCUUGCAAGCCCUUGUGAUGAUUAUCUUUUAGAUAUUGGAUUUACAGGAAAAGCUUCUGAACUGGGUUUUGGUCCUUGUGAAAAAUCACAUUUGGGGAACUCAAGUUCUGAAAGUCAGUCUCCACGAUUAAGUGGCAGUAGUAACGGUGCUGUUGGGAUAUCUGAAUCGUCAACUGUGACUAUUCAAGAAUUUGAAUGCAAGAAUAAUUCUAUUGACAAGGCAGUAACUCAUGAGUUUCAUGGUGGCUUCAGGCGGAAAAAAAGACGUCGAACACCUGUUGAAGGCAAUGUCUAUCCUGCUUCAAUCAAUUUACAAAAUCUUGAGUUAGAUAAUGAUGAAAAGACUUUAGUAAAGGAAAUAGUGUCUGGUGAAAAUGAGAAGCUCUCUGUUGAAGCAACCAAACUUGGUGCUUUUUGUAAGGAAAAAAGACUGCGUAAGCCUACUUUGAGAUAUAUUGAGGAAUUUUCUGGUAAGAAGUCAAAAGAUUCCAACGAGAGGGAAAAUUGUUCUGCUCUUACUGCUACGCAGGAUCGCUCAAAGGUCAGAUGUCAGAAUGAACAUCAUCAUAUGAGUCCUGGGAUAUUGUCAUCAGUUCCUGAGGAGGAUUCAAUUUCUGAAAACCAGACACUGGCUGAAUUUAGGACUCAAAGAAAACUUGCAAAGAAGCAUGCAUCAAUUUUGGCGCUUGAGUCCGAUGAGCAACCUAUUACAUCUGAGUCCGAAGAUGACCAUGUACCAAAAAAAAGAUCUAGAAAGCACGAUCGAAGGAAGCAUCAAAGGAUGUGGACUCUCUCUGAGGUGACGACAUUGGUUGAUGGUAUUUCUGAAUAUGGAGUUGGACGAUGGACAGAUAUUAAGAGGGUCCUAUUUUCGUCUUCUGCUUAUCGCACGCCAAUAGAUCUCAGGGACAAAUGGAGAAAUCUUUUAAGAGCUAGCUGUGGAAAGAAAAUGAAGAAAGAGGUUGAGCAAAAGGAGAUGCGAGCCUUACCAAAGUCUUUGGUACGCCGUGUCCGUGAGCUGGCGACAGUACACCCAUAUCCUAGGCAGCGUGGCAAGAAGUUUGCCCCUCCCAUACUUCCUACUCCCAGUAAAAGUGCUUCAUCUGAUCUAAUCAGAAAGUAUGUCCGAAGGAAGAAUCGAUCUUGAAGUUCAAUAUCCCUGUUGCAGUAAAUCAAUAGUCAGGAAUGUACCGAAGUUUAGUUGUAAAAAGUCUCUUUUCUCGUCAACAAUCUUCUGUUCUUAACAUGGAGCAAUUGGAUCCUCAGGAAAAAAAAAAUAAUGAUUACAAGCUCUCUGCACCAGUUGGGCCAAAUUUUCUGUUGUAAUAGCUUUUUGAGAUGUUUAGGUAUGCUCAAGCAAGAGUAGUUUGUAUUUGACAUUAUUGAACACACCCCUUCACCUUUCUAGGAAUUUACUUUGGAUAGUUUCAAAACCAUGGCUGCAUGCUCUGUUUGAUCA